AUGAAGAAAGUGGUGCUGAAGUUAGAUCUACAUGAUGGUAAAGAAAAACAAAAGGCCAUGAAGACAGUGUGUAGCCUUUCAGGAAUUGAAUCAAUUUCUAUAGACAUGAAGGAGAAGAAAUUAAUUGUGGUCGGCGAUAUUGAUCCAAUUCAGGUUGUUAGCAAACUGAGAAAAUUGUGGCACACAGAUAUAUUAACAGUUGGGCCAAAGGAAGCCGAAAAGAAGAAGGACGAUGGAAAGAAAGACGAAGGUAAGAAGGAUGAGGGAAAGAAAGAUGAUGAUAAAAAGAAGGAUCAAAAUGAACAGAUUGCAGACCUUGUGAAGGCCUACAGAGCUUACAAUCCUUGCAUGACACAGCAUUACUAUGUUUACAGUGCAGAGGAGAACCCAAAUGCUUGUGUUAUCUCUUAAUUACU